AUUUGGAGCAUCCCGUCCCGUCGUGAUAUAAGGACUGGGAAGGACUGCGGAGGACUGGGACGAACGAGGCUCCGCUCAUCUGGAGUUUACUGCGAGAGAAGAUGGCCGUGGAGAAACGUUCGGACAGUCUCUGCUUCUUUGUCAACGGGAGGAAGGUGACGGAGGAGAAUGCAGACCCAGAAACCAUGCUUGUGUCGUUCCUCAGAGAGAAGUUGAGGCUGACCGGGACCAAGGUGAGCUGCGGAGGCGGAGGCUGUGGGGCGUGCACCGUCAUGGUGUCACGAUACGACCCCCUCAGCAGGACCGUCCAACAUUUCUCGGCCAACGCCUGCCUGCUUCCUGUCUGCCAGCUGGCGGGCGCCGCCGUCACCACCGUGGAGGGGGUGGGCUCCACCAAGACCAGGCUGCACCCCGUCCAGGAGAGGCUGGCGAAGGCCCACGGCUCCCAGUGUGGGUUCUGCAGCCCGGGCAUGGUGAUGUCCAUGUACGCCCUGCUGAGGAACCAGGCCGCGCCCAGCAUGGAGCACAUCAGGGAGGCUCUGGGAGGUAACCUGUGCAGAUGUACCGGCUAUCGGCCAAUCAUCGACAGCUGCAGAACCUUCACCCAGGAGUCCCAGUGUUGCCAGGGCAACGGAGGGGUCGGCUGCUGCAUGAACGCGGAGGAAACACCCGGAGCGGAGCCUUCCACCCCCAGGCUGUUCCCCACGGAGGACCUGCUGCCCCUGGACCCGACCCAGGACCUGAUCUUCCCUCCUGAGCUGAUGCGGGUGGCGCUGACGGAGCCCCAGCAGACGCGCUGGUUCCGGGGGGAGAGGGUGGCCUGGGUGUCCCCGGUCUCCCUGGAGGAACUGGUCCUCCUGAAGAGCACCCAUCCCCAGGCGCCGCUGGUUCUGGGGAACACCACCUUAGGUCCGGAGAUGAAGUUCCGAGGGGCGCUUCACCCACUGGUCAUCUCCCCCAGCAGGGUGGCUCCUCUGUUUGAGGUCACCCACACUCCGCAAGGGGUGUGGGUGGGUGCAGGUCUGUCUCUGACCCAGGUCCAGAUGGUCCUGGGGGCCCGGGUGGAGGCGCUGCCCCAGGAGAAGACGGAGCUGUACCGGGCUCUGCUGCACCAGCUGAGGGCGCUGGCGGGACAGCAGAUCCGCAACGUAGCGUCUCUGGGAGGGAACAUUGUGAGCGCUCUCCCCAACUCCGACCUCAACCCGGUGUUGGCGGCCGGGGGCUGCAGGCUGAGGGUGGCCUCGGACGGGGGCAGCAGGGAGGUGCCCCUGGACCAGGACUUCUUCAGGGGCUUCAGGACCACGCUGCUGGGGGCGGCCGACGUCCUCGUGGCCGUGUUCGUCCCCGAGACCCGGCCGGGGGAGUUUGUGCGGGCGUUCCGCCAGGCGCCGAGGAAGGAGAACGCCCUGGCGACCGUUACCACGGGGAUGAGGGUGGUGCUGGGGCCGGGGGCGGUGGUCCGGGACGUCCAGCUCUACUACGGGGGGGUGGGGCCCUGCACCCUGCGGGCCGCCAGGACUGGCCAGGCCCUCCUGGGGAGGCCGUGGGGGGAGGCGAUGCUGCAGGAGGCCUACAGUGUUCUCCUGGAGGAGGUGGUGCUGCCCCCGGGGGCGGUGGGGGGGAAGGUGGGGUUCCGCAGGUCCCUGACCCUCAGCCUGCUCUUCAAGUUCUACCUGGAGGUCCAGCAGGCCCUCGCACUCAUGAGCACCACCCCUGAGGGGGCCCAGAGCACCACCCCUGAGGGGGCCCAUAGCACCACCCCUGAAGGGGUCCAGAGCACCACCCAGCAGGGGGUCCAGAGCACCACCCCUGAGGGGGUCCAGAGCACCACCCCUGAGGGGGUCCCUGAGGGGGUCCCUGAGAGGGAGCUCAGCGCCAUCAGACCCCUCCCCUGCUGCAUCCAGCCGGGCCAGCAGGGCUUCCAGGAGGUGUCGGGGAGCCAGAGCGAGCAGGACGCCGUGGGCCGCCCCGUGAUGCACCGCUCGGCGCCGGCCCAGGCCGCCGGGGAGGCGGUGUACGUCGACGACACGCCCCCCCCACAGGGGGAGCUGUUCCUCGCCCUGGUCACCAGCACGCGCCCCCACGCCAGCAUCCUCGGUGUGGACGUGAGCGCUGCCCUGCGCCUCCCCGGGGUUCUGGACGUGGUGACGCACGCCGACAUCCCGGGACACAAGGCCCGCUCCUUCAUGGGCUACGAGGAGGAGCUGCUGGCCGACAAGGAGGUGUCCUGUGUGGGUCAGCUGGUGUGCGGGGUCCUGGCCGACUCCAGGGACGGCGCCCGGAGGGGGGCGGCCGCCGUCAGGGUCCGCUACCAGGACCUCCCGGACCCCGUGUUCACUGUGGAGGACGCGGUGCAGAGAGAAUCCUUCUUCCUGCCCCGGAGACGAAUCGAGAGAGGAGACGUCUGCAAGGGGCUGGAGACCGCCGACCACGUCCACUCAGGCGAGCUCCGGCUGGGGGGCCAGGAGCAUUUCUACAUGGAGCCUCAGAGCGUGCUGGUGGUCCCAGUGGGGGAGGAGACCGAGUUCCACGUCUACGUGUCCAGUCAGGCCCCGACCAUCACCCAGGAGGCCGUGGCAGAGACCCUGGGGGUCCCCUCCAACAGGGUGACCUGUCACGUCAAGCGGCUGGGCGGGGCCUUUGGCGGGAAAAUCACCAAGACCAGCAUCCUGGCGGCCAUCACCGCUGUAGCCGCUUGGAAGACGGGCCGGGCGGUGCGCUGCGUUCUGGAGCGGGGAGAGGACAUGCUGAUCACUGGGGCGCGCCACCCAGUACUGGGACGAUACCAGGUGGGGUUCAUGGAGGACGGGCGCAUCACGGCGGCAGACCUCCAGUACUACGCCAACGCCGGCAACACCGUGGACGAGUCUCCCCUGGUGGUGGAGAAGAUGGUGCUGCACAUGGACAACGCCUACCACAUCCCCAACCUGCGGGGGCGGGCGGUGGCCUGCCGCACCAACCUGCCCUCCAACACGGCCUUCAGGGGCUUCGGGGUGCCCCAGGCCGCCGCCGUGGUGGAGAGCAUGAUCACCGACGUGGCCCUGUGCCUAGGGCGCCCCGCCCACCAGAUCCGGGAGGUGAACAUGUACCGCGGGCCGUCGGUGACCCACUACGGGAUGCGGUUCGACCCGGAGAACCUGUGGCGCUGCUGGGAGGAGGUGAAGGCUCGGGUGGGGCUGGGGCCCCGGCUGGAGGCCCUCAGGAGCUUCAACCAGGACCACCGCUGGAGGAAGAGGGGCGCGGCCCUCAUCCCCAUCAAGUACGGGGUGGCCUUCAGCGAGGCCUUCCUCAACCAGGCGGCCGCCCUGGUCCAUGUCUAUAAGGACGGCUCCGUCCUGGUGAGCCACGGGGGGGCCGAGAUGGGGCAGGGCAUCCACACCAAGAUGCAGCAGGUGGUCAGCAGGGAGCUGGGGGUCCCGUCCUCUCAGGUGUACGUCUCUGAGACCAGCACGGCGUCCGUCCCCAACAGCUGCCCCUCGGCCGCCUCCUUCGGGACCGACGCCAACGGCAUGGCCGUCAGGGACGCCUGCCAGAAACUGUACAAGAGACUCGAGCCGAUCAGGACGAAGAACCCCAAAGGAUCAUGGGACAGCUGGACCAGGGCGGCGUUCCUGGAGAAGAUCAGUCUGUCAGCGACGGGAUUCUUCAGAGGUCCAGACUGCUACAUGGACUGGGAGAACAUGGAGGGCCAGCCCUACUCCUACUUCACCUACGGCGCCUGCUACAGCGAGGUGGAACUGGACUGUCUCACCGGAGACUACAGGACUCUGAGGACGGACAUCGUGGUGGACGUGGGUCAGAGCCUCAACCCCUCCAUAGACAUCGGCCAGGUGGAGGGGGCCUUCCUCCAGGGUCUGGGCCUCUACACCCUGGAGCAGCUGAGCUUCUCCCCGGGGGGGCUCCUCUACUCCAGGGGUCCGUCUCAGUACAAGAUCCCGGCCGUCUGCGACGUGCCGCUCAGCUUCAAUGUCCACCUGCUGCCGGACUCCCACAACCCCCACGCCAUCUACUCCUCCAAGGGCAUCGGGGAGCCGGUCCUGUUCCUCGGGAGCUCCGUGUUUUACGCCAUCAAGGACGCGGUGGGGGCGGCCCGGGCCGAGUCCGGCCUGGGGGGGGCCUUCCCCCUGGACAGCCCCGCCACACCUGAGAGGGCAUGUCUCGCAUGUGCCACGCCCUUCUCCCAGAGGGUUCCAGUCAGCGAGCCGGGAUCCUUCACCCCCUGGGCCCUGAACAUCUAGACCAGCACCUAGACCAGCAUCUGGACCAACAUCUGGACCAGCAUCUACACCAACAUCUGGACCAGCAUCUACACCAACAUCUGGACCAACAUCUACACCAGCAUCCGGACCCACAACCAGACCCAAAUCUACACCAACAUCUGGAUCCACAUCUACACCACCUUCUAGACCAGCAUCUCAUCCAAAAACAACCAACAUCUUAACCCACACUCAUCCAAAACCACCAACAUCUACACAUAAUCAUCUCCACACACAAUCAUCUACACACGCAAUCAUGUCAAUACACAAUCAUCUGAAGAAUGAAAGGACAAUGUGAUAAUAUCAAAUGUAUACCAACAAAUAGGAGACGGUGAUCUUAUAAAUAAUAACUCUUGGAUCGUUUGAGUACCCUGUGAAGAACAAUUGAAGAUCAAUGUCCUGAUCAAUGUACUGAUCCAAUUACUGAUCAAUGUACUGAUAAAUGUAGUGAUCAAUGUAGCGAUCAAUAUCCUGAUAAAUGUACUGAUCAAUGUAGUGAUCAAUGUCCUGAUCGAUGUAGUGAUCAAUGUCCUGAUCAAUGUCCUGAUCAAUGUCCUGAUCAAUGUCCUGAUCAAUGUAGUGAUCAAUGUAGUGAUCAAUGUCCUGAUCAAUGUAGUGAUCAAUGUCCUGAUCAAUGUCCUGAUCAAUGUCCUGAUCAAUGUCCUGAUCAAUGUAGUGAUCAAUGUCCUGAUCAAUGUCCUGAUCAAUGUCCUGAUCAAUGUGGUGAUCAAUGUCCUGAUCAAUGUCCUGAUCAAUGUCCUGAUCAAUGUCCUGAUCGAUGUAGUGAUCAAUGUACUGAUCAAUGUACUGAUCAAUGUUCUGAUCAAUGUUCUGAUCAAUGUAGUGAUCAAUGUCCUGAUCAAUGUACUGAUCAAUGUACUGAUCAAUGUCCUGAUCAAUGUCCUGAUCAAUGUCCUGAUCAAUGUCCUGAUCAAUGUAGUGAUCAAUGUCCUGAUCGAUGUAGUGAUCAAUGUCCUGAUCAAUGUCCUGAUCAAUGUAGUGAUCAAUGUCCUGAUCAAUGUCCUGAUCAAUGUCCUGAUCAAUGUCCUGAUCAAUGUAGUGAUCAAUGUCCUGAUCGAUGUAGUGAUCAAUGUACUGAGCUCUUAUUGAAUUUGUAUUCUGAUUAAGAUUUAAGAAAGAUUAAAGAUUAAAGGUUCAAUAUGUAACAAA